GCUAAACCCUGCAUUCUCUUGUUCCCCUCUUUUUUUGCAUGGCACUGUCACUUGCCGCUUCUUACUUCAUUCUUCUCUUCCCUUCUCUUCUCUUCUCUUUCCUCCCUUUAAUUUUCUUCUUUCUUUUUUUUUUUUCCGUAAAUAUUCUUCAUCUCAUCCACCCUAUAUAUAAAUCUUUACAUAUAGUCUUUUUCUUCUCUUCUCUUUUCUCUAACCAGAAAUUUAGGAAUUCACUACUCUUGACUUAGCUUAAUUUCUUUACGCAAUUGACGAUCAUCAUCAAACCGUCAUGGAUUUUAAUUGGGACGCUGAGCACAUAUUUCGACUGUAUGUGCAUGAUUAUAUGGUGAAAAGAGGAAUGCACAAAACCGCUGAGAUUUUCAGGAAGGAAUGCAAUCUGACUGACACUGCUGUUACACUUGAUUCUCAUGAUGGGUUCUUGCUCGAAUGGUGGUCUGUUUUCUAUGAGAUAUAUAUGUCUAGGGCUAGACUAGCGAAGGAUCAGGCGACUGGGGCAGAAUCUUCUGGGAAGGUCCCAGGAACUACAUGUAAUGCCGGAAUUAGUGUCCCUCCAAUCCCUCGAUCAUCCAUGAGUGAGCAGAGACCUGACCAACGUCAAGUCAACGCCAGAUAUAACAGGAUGAUGGCACAACCAGCUGCAUGUGUACUACAAUCUACUCUGAAUGCAAAAGAGCAUCCUGGAUAUAUGACUGUAGAUGCCGCCAGAGCAAACAAUUUGAAGCUGGCUGUGACCAAUUCAAAUAAUUCGCUGCAAGAUGUAGGGAAUAAUGCUCAGAGGGAAGCUUUUAAGGAUAUUUGCAUCGGAAGGGACGUAUCUAGGGACCCUCUAGAUGUAGCCCAAAGGACAUUGCAACAUAAACCAAAUACUGGUGAAUCUUUCAAUCGAAUGCCAAUUAACGGUUGGCCAGUAAAUAACCAAGUAUUAACCUCAUUUUUGCGAGCACCAAACUAUCAACAGCAAUUUCAAGCGCAGACAAGUUUCCCAGUUCCUGGAAACUCUGUUGAGUGCAACAAUCAUCACACAAAGGUUUCCGAGGCUGAAUUAAGCAUAAAGGAUAAGCAGACAAUGGACCCAAUGAUUAGGGAUCAGCAACCACAGAUGCAGUCUCAGAAUGUUGAGAAGAGCAAAAAGAGAAAGGCAACGAUACCCUUGAGGACUGGAGAAAGUGCCAUGGAUUGUGUAGAUGCAGAAGAUGGAAAGCCUAUGGAUGAAAGUGUGGAGUCUUUCCUGUCAUUCGAAAAUGAACAUGCUGAUCAUAGAGUUGUGCCUUUCAGCAAUCUGACUCGUAUUUCAGCUGCACAUGGUAAAAAUGAAAAUAAAGGUUUUUCAUUUGAAGAAGUCAGUUGCCUUCACUCAAGCAAAAACAAGGUUUUAUCCACCCAUUUUUCAUGGGAUGGAAAGGUUUUGGCAAGUGCUGGACAUGAGAAGAAGGUUUUCAUUUGGAACAUGGAAACCCUUAAUUGUGUUACUACUACAGAAGGACAUUCACAUCUCAUUACAGAUGUUCGGUUUAGGCCAAGUUCUACUAUAUUUGCAACAUCUUCCUUUGACCGAUCUAUAAAACUUUGGGAUGCAGCCAGACCCGACAAGUCAUUAUUCCAACUCGACGGUCAUGCCGACCAAGUAAUGUCAUUGGACUUCCAUCCAAGGAAGCCUGCCAUUCUUUGUUCAUGUGAUAGCAAUGACAUAAUUCGUCUGUGGGAUAUCAAUCAGCGUACCUGCUUGCAUACUACUAAGGGAGGCGCUAAUAAACAAGUCAGGUUCCAGCCUCGUACUGGGAAGUUUCUGGCUGCUGUGUCCGGAAAUAAUAUCAAGAUAGUUGAUUUUGAGAGCAAUAGAUUUCUGUACCACCUAAAGGGUCAUGUCAAAGAUGUUCUUUCCAUUUGUUGGGACAUGAGUGGAAACUAUGUUGCCUCCGUCAGUGAAGAUUGUGCACGUGUCUGGUCUGUUGCAGAUGGAAAAUGUAUAAGUGAAUUGAAUUCCACUGGGAACAAGUUCCAAUCGUGUGUAUUUCAUCCAGGAUAUCAUAAUCUCUUAGUAAUUGGUGGCUAUGAGUCCCUGGAAUUGUGGUGUACAACAGAGAGCAGUAAAACAUUGACAGUUCCUGCACACAAGGGACUAAUUGCUGGACUAGCACAUUCACCCCAAGAUGAAAUGAUUGCCUCAGCUAGCCAUGAUCAUUGCGUGAAACUCUGGAAAUAAGGACUUGGUGCAUAGUUCCUUGCCGUAGUUUAAAUUUUUAGGGCCUUUUUCUGACAAUAUAUCUUUUCUGGAAAUUCAUUUUUUUUUUUUUCAGAUUAUGUUGUUUUACAGGCAAACGGGUACUAUACGACAUUAUAUGACAGGAAUUGGUAGAUAGUUUACAUAGGCAAAGAUACAAUAAACCAUUGCGCACAUUGUUGUACAGUUGCAUCUAUCAUAGACUUAAAAAGUUAAAAUCAUAACCAAAUAAAAUGCACACAUUUCAGAAA